ACCACGAGGAAAAGGAGAGAUGGUCAAAAAAAUAAUAACAAUUUCUCUUUCGGAUAAACUGUAUUUAUACCAUUUUCUUCUUCCUAAAUCCGGCCUUUUCUUUUCAUUUUCUUCUUCUUCUUCUCUCUUUUGAUCCAUCAACCACCGGCACGCUCACUGUUUCUUCCUUCAAUUUUUUCGCUCCGGGACGUCUUUAUCGCCGUCGUCGCUGUUGUUGUCUACCUUCUUCUGCCGAUCGCUUCGACUGUUUGAGAGUACCUGCACUUUACUUGCAGAUCAAGUUCUUGUCUUUCUUCUUCCCUUUGUUUGAUUGGUAACUAAGAGAUAAGAGAAGUAGUGGAAACUCAUGGCAUCAAGAUCCCCCACAAAUUUUUUGGACCUGGCUUCUGGAGAUUUACUUGAUCUUCCUCGUACACCUAGACCCCUACCACGGGUAAUGACUGUUCCUGGAAUUAUUUCAGAAAUGGAUGACUAUGGGAGCAAUGACGGAGAUUCGGAGUCUUCAUCUGUAUGCCGUGAGCGCAAAAUCAUAGUUGCAAAUAUGUUGCCCUUGCAAGCUAAAAAAGACGGGCAAUCUGGCAAAUGGUGCUUCAGUUUUGAUGAGGAUUCAAUUUUAUUGCAAUUAAAGAAUGGGUUUUCACCUGAGAUGGAGGUUAUAUACGUGGGUUCCCUCAAGGUUGAAAUCGACGCCAACGACCAGGAAGAGGUUGCUCAGAAGCUUUUUGACAAUUUUAAUUGUGUACCUACAUUUCUACCACAUGAUCUACAGAAGAAAUUUUAUCUUGGGUUCUGCAAACAACAGAUAUGGCCCUUAUUCCAUUACAUGCUACCAAUGUGCCCAGAGCACGGUGAUCGCUUCGAUCGGCUGCUUUGGCAAGCCUAUGUUUCUGCAAAUAAAAUAUUUGCUGACAAGGUGAUGGAAAUCAUCAAUCCUGAAGAAGAUUCUGUUUGGGUUCAUGAUUACCAUUUAAUGGUUCUUCCAACAUUUUUAAGGAAGCGCUACAAUCGAGUUAAACUUGGAUUUUUUCUGCAUAGCCCGUUUCCGUCAUCAGAAAUCUAUCGAACUUUACCAGUUCGGGAUGAGAUUCUCCGUGGCCUGCUAAACUGUGAUUUAGUUGGUUUUCAUACGUUUGAUUAUGCUCGUCACUUCCUCUCAUGCUGUAGCAGAAUGUUGGGCCUGGACUAUGAAUCUAAGCGGGGACAUAUUGGACUAGAUUAUUAUGGCCGCACGGUAUAUAUCAAAAUUCUUCCUGUAGGCAUUCACAUGGGUCGGCUGGAAUCGGUGAUGAAUCUUCCAUCUACAUCUGCUAAAGUCAGAGAAGUUCGAGAUCAAUUCAUGGGGAAGAAAUUAAUUCUUGGUAUUGAUGACAUGGACAUUUUUAAGGGCAUAAGCCUGAAGCUUCUCGCUGUUGAACAGCUUUUACGGCAACGUCCUGAGUUGCGAGGCAAAUUAGUCCUGGUUCAAAUAGUGAACCCUGCAAGGGGAUCAGGUAAAGAUGUACAUGAAGCUCAGAAGGAAACCUACUUGGCUGCUGAAAGGAUCAAUGAAGCUUAUGGUUCAAAUAACUACAAACCUGUAAUUCUGAUUGAUCGCCCUGUUCCACGUUUUGAGAAGACUGCUUAUUAUGCAUUAGCAGAAUGCUGCAUAGUGAGUGCUGUAAGGGAUGGUAUGAAUUUGGUUCCAUACAAGUAUAUUGUUUGUAGGCAAGGAACUCCUUUUAUGGAUAAGGCUAUGGGCUUACAAGUUGGUUCUCCUCGGACGAGUAUGCUUGUAGUGUCCGAGUUUAUUGGUUGCUCGCCUUCUUUAAGUGGAGCUAUCAGGGUUAACCCUUGGGACAUUGAUGCUGUCGCGGAUGCCUUGGAAUUGGCCAUUACCAUGCCGGAGUCAGAGAAGCAGUUGCGGCAUGAGAAACAUUAUCGAUAUGUCAGUUCCCAUGAUAUAGGAUAUUGGUCUCGAAGUUUUAUGCUGGAUUUAGAGAGAGCAUGCCAAGAUCACUAUAGUAAACGGUGCUGGGGAAUUGGCUUGGGUCUGCGUUUUAGAGUUGUUUCUCUUUCUCCUGGGUUUAGGAAGUUAACAAUUGAUCACAUUGUCUCAGCUUAUAAGAGAACACAUAGAAGGGCGAUAUUUUUGGAUUACGAUGGCACUAUUAUUCCGCAAAGCUCCAUAAUUAAGACACCGAGCCCAGAAGUUAUCUCCGUCUUGACUACGCUUUGCAAUGACCCCUGUAACACUGUGUUCAUUGUUAGUGGGAGGGGGAGAAGUUCUUUAGGUGAAUGGUUUGCCUCUUGUGAGAUGUUGGGGAUUGCAGCAGAACAUGGGUACUUUAUAAGGUGGGGUGGAACUUCAGAAUGGGAAACCAGUCCAGUGUCUUCUGAUCUGGAUUGGAUUAAAAUUGUAGAGCCAGUGAUGAGAUCAUAUACAGAAGCAACUGAUGGGUCGUGCAUAGAACCAAAAGAGAGUGCUUUAGUCUGGCAUCAUCAAGAUGCCGAUUCUGACUUCGGAUCCUGUCAAGCUAAGGAAUUGCUGGACCAUCUAGAAAACGUACUUGCCAACGAACCAGCCGUUGUUAAAAGGGGUCAACAUAUUGUUGAAGUGAAGCCACAGGGAGUAAGCAAAGGGUUGGUCGCAGAAAAGGUUCUCUCGAGAAUGGUAGAUAGUGGAAGACCACCUGAUUUUGUGAUGUGCAUCGGAGAUGAUAGAUCAGAUGAAGAUAUGUUCGAGAGCAUAUCAAGCAUUGUCUCUAGUCCUUCACUGCCUUCCGCACCAGAAAUUUUUGCCUGCACUGUUGGGCGAAAGCCAAGCAAGGCGAAGUUCUACCUUGAUGACACUUCCGACGUCGUGAAAUUGCUGCAAGGCCUUGCCUCUACUUCACGUCCAAGACCUCGGCAACUACCCCAAAUGCGUGUUUCCUUUGAAAGUGUGUUUUGAGAGUAUUACCCACAUCACUCGAGUGCUUGCUUCUUCUUAGACAGGAUUUGGUGGAAGCGGAGCGAGUUGAAGGGUUCGUAGUGUGGAUGAUCAUUCUCACAAUCCACUCGAAGGCUUGCUUCUUCCAAAGGAUCCUUUAUAAGAAUUGGUGCACGGAAAGGCCCUUGCUGAAUCAGCAGUUGAGGCGGUUUUAUAACUUGAAGAGUGAUAUUUGGUAUUUUGGUCAAUAUCCUCAGCAGCAACUAGAGUUUCCUUUUGUAUAUAAUAACAACAGCAUCAUUUAUAGCUUCUGACGCCCACUAAAAUUGUCCUCUCCUCGAGAUGUCAAUAGUGUUGGGGGGCAGCAUUAUUAACUUGUAUAGGAAGAACAACUCUUUCUUGGCCGCAUUGCAUAAAGCCUCUGAUUUGAUGCUUCUUUCUAUAAUGAUUCUUUUAUUGUUGCAGUAGAGCAAAUUACAACUUAUUGUUGAAAGCCAAGCCUUACGAGUU